AUGACCGCUCGUGGAGUUGCUCGAAGCAUUAAAAACUAUGCCAAAGGAUUCUCUGAUGCCCAAAUUCGAGUGAGAGAAGCGACAUCGAAUGACCCAUGGGGACCAAGUGGCACCAUCAUGAACGAGAUCGCACAAAUGACAUACAACGAGCAUGACUUUGUGGAGAUUAUGGACAUGAUCGAUCGUCGUCUCAACGAUAAAGGAAAAAACUGGCGUCAUGUAUUCAAGGCUCUCUUGCUUUUGGAUUACUGUAUUCAUGUCGGCUCCGAAAAUGUGGUGCUUUAUGCCAAGGAAAAUGCAUACGUUGUCAAGACACUCAAAGAGUUCCAACACAUCGAUGACAAUGGUCGUGAUGUGGGUGCAAAUGUGCGUCAGAAAGCCAAAGAUAUCUCUAGUUUGUUGAUGGAUGAUGCACGGCUGAGAGAAGAGCGUCAAUCACGAGGUCAAAUGCGAGAUCGAAUGGCUGGUGUGGGAGAUUAUUUCAAUGAAACCAUGGGAUAUGGUCGAGGAGGACCACCAGGAGGAGGACCAUCAACAGCAGGAAGCUAUUAUGGAUCACCGUAUAGUCGUACACCAGGACCACGAAUGAACAACAAUAAUGAUGCGGAUGAUCGAGAAUUACAAAGAGCUAUCGAAGAAUCACGACGACUAGCGCAAAACGAGAAAAAGAAUCAAGAACAAAGUGAUUCUGAUCUUGCACGAGCUAUUGAGAUGAGCGAACAAGAAGCUCGCGAAUUGGAACGUAAGAAGAGGGAAAAGCUUGCCCGUCAAAAUGAAAAGGAUCUUCUUGGAGAUGAUGAUUUGAAUCCAUUCCCGCAAAACUACAACGCCCAAAUCAAUCCUUAUGCAGCACAACAACAACAGCCAACUGGGAUGAGCAGCUUUACCUUCAAUGAUCCAAUUUCAGCCAAUAACAACCCAUGGGCAGCAGCUGGUAUGCAAGCACAAAUGACGGGUUUACCACAACAGUAUACUGGUGCAGCACCUUUUCAACCAAAUACAAUGAUGUCACCACAAUCAAUGAUGUUGCAACAACAACAACAACAGCAACAACAGCCAAUGGUCACAGGGAUGUCUAUGCAGCAACCCAACAAUUUUGGUGGCUCGCAAUUUCAGAAUACAAUGCCCACAGGGUUGACAGCUCAACAGCCAAUGACAACAGGAAUGGCAUCUCCCUUUCAAAGUAACACUCCCAGUGCAAUGAAUUGGAGCCCUGCAACACAAUCAUCCAUGGCUGCGGGCACUAUUGGCACAGGCACAACUACCCCUCCACAAGUCGCCAUGGCAACGGGCACGAAUAACCCUUUUGGUCCAUCUCAAAGCCCAUUGAAUGCUCAACCAACCGGUCAGCAGCUUUCAAGCUCUAUGCCCACUGGUGGUAAUGUCGAUCCACGAUAUGCAAAAUUGAAUUCUCUACUUGCAUCGGGAGAGGGUCAAGAUACUUUUGGUAACACAGGCAACUUGCGUGUCCCAGUAGGUACCGGGUUUGCCAACUCGAUGAAGACACAACCAAAUGGUACAGCAAAAUCCAGCAGCACAAGCGAUCUUGUGGGAUUAGAUGUCAACAAUACGGGUCAACCCACACGUAAUCCGUUUGCUCCUCAAGCUACAGGAUCCUUUACAUGA